AUGAUUAAGUCUCUAAAGGUGGCAACCGAACGAAUUAAAGAGGCGGUAGGCGAGCUUAUGAUCCGUUCUAUCCCGGAAGAGGUAACGCUUUUGAAAGCAGCUAAUGCGACAUUAGAGAAGCAGAUUGGAGACCUCCGAAAGGAAAUAGAUGAUUUGAGAAGGCAGCCUGUUGCAAAGGCUCAAAACUUGUGCAGAAGGCGUUGGUAG